UGUUGACUCUCUUAGCACUGUUGCAGGUUUCUCAGAGCGAUGGUUUCGCAGGACGACGAGUUUGACGCGCUGCUGAUGCAGGAAGACGCGCUCCAGCACGCAGGCGCUGUGGCUGGCGAAGACGCCGGUCGCCUUGCUGGCAUUGCCGAGGGCAGGCAGCUGGGCCUGGUCAAGGGCACGCAGCUGGGCGCUGAGGUUGGGUACAUGCGCGGCGUCGCAGCCGCCCUGCUCGAGCUCAGUCCCACCAACGCAGCUCCAGUGCAAGUGCAAGUGCCAGCGGGUAGCAGUGAUGCUGCUGCUGCUACUGAUGCGUCUGCCAGCACAGAGUCGAGCGGAGAUGAUGACACGCGCUCGACCAGUCCCACGAGGCCAGCCGGCUUGUCCAUGCGGACUCGCAAGGCUGCCGAAGCUGUGAUUGCGCUCGCAGAUGGAUGCUCGCUGGAGAAUCCACACGAAGACAAGCUGUUUGAGACACUCGACCGGCUUCGUGCCAAGUUCAAGCAGCUCACGUCCGCUGCUGGACUGAAUCUGCGCUUUGACUCGUCACGGCCGCAUUCGCACGAUGCAUCCACUGGUGCGAUCGUUCAAGCACCCCAAACGGCAGCAUCGCGCGUCCAACCACCGGCCACCUCAAUGUGGUGAUGCUGCCUUGGCACGAAGGAGGCAGAGCCUCUGUGCCGCAGUUGUUGCCCCAAAACCGGACGACAAUUCGCGUCUUCUGGCAAGACGACGACGUUGCUGAUUUUCGCGGCACACAAGGCCUCUGAUCCUCCUCAUGACGCAGUUCUUUUAGAAAGGACGAAAAACGGUUGGCUUUGACGCUCUGUUGGCUAUGUUUGGUGCGAUUUCACGCCCAAGAAGCCAAGACGAGAUGCAUCUUUUGCUCUUUGUUUGCUCUUUGUUUUUUCUUCUUCUUCUUCUUUCUUUUUUCUGGUGCUGAAUGGCCCUGGUUUGCGAUUCACGAAUACAACAGUGAAGCAGA